GCUGAGCCUGUCCCCUGCCACCCUCUCCAGUCCAGGCCGCAGCACUCCAGCUCCUCGUCUCUGUGUGUGCUUGCUUAGCUCUGCAGCCCCGGCCGGUCGCCAUGGCGCUGCGUGUGGCAGCAUUCGACCUUGACGGAGUGCUGGCCCUUCCCUCUAUCGCCAGCGCCCUCGGCCGCACCGAGGAGGCCCUGGCGCUGCCCAGAGGCUUCCUGACCAGUGCUUUCCAGAAGGAAUGUCCAGAGGGACCCAAUGAGCAACUCAUGAAAGGGAAGAUCACAUUUUCCCAGUGGGCACCACUCAUGGAAGAAAGCUGCAGGAAUCACUCCAAAGCCUCUGGAACCAGCCUGCCUGAGGAUUUCUCCAUAAGCCAAAUAUUCAGCCAAGCCAUGGCAGCAAGAAGCAUCAACCGCCCCAUGCUCCAGGCAGCUAUUGCUCUCAAGAAGAAAGGAUUCACAACAUGCAUCAUCACCAACAACUGGCUGGACGACAGCGACAAGAGAGGCAGCUUGGCGCAGAUGAUGUGUGACCUGAGCCAGCACUUCGACUUCCUGAUUGAGUCCUGUCAGGUGGGGAUGAUCAAGCCUGAGCCUCAGAUCUACAAGUUUGUACUGGAAACCCUGAAGGCCAAACCCAAUGAGAUUGUUUUUCUAGAUGACUUUGGGAGUAAUCUGAAGCCAGCCCGUGACAUGGGGAUGGUCACCAUCCUGGUCCGUGACACAGACACUGCUCUGAGGGAAUUGGAGAAGGUCACAGGGACACAGUUCCCUGAGGCUCCUCUGCCAGUGCCCUGCAACCCAAAUGACGUCAGCCAUGGGUAUGUGACAGUAAAGCCAGGGAUCCGCCUGCAUUUUGUAGAGAUGGGCUCUGGCCCUGCCGUGUGCCUCUGCCAUGGGUUUCCUGAGAGCUGGUUUUCUUGGAGGUACCAGAUCCCAGCUCUGGCCCAGGCAGGCUUCCGGGUUCUAGCUAUAGACAUGAAAGGCUAUGGAGACUCAUCUUCCCCUCCCGAAAUAGAAGAAUAUGCCAUGGAAGUGUUAUGUAAGGAGAUGGUAUCAUUCCUGGAUAAGCUGGGGAUCCCUCAAGCAGUGUUCAUUGGCCACGACUGGGCUGGUGUGCUGGUGUGGAACAUGGCUCUCUUUUACCCUGAGAGAGUGAGAGCCGUGGCCAGCCUGAACACGCCGUUCAUGCCACCAAAUCCUGAGGUGCCCCCCAUGGAAGUUAUCAAAUCUAUCCCAGUUUUUAACUAUCAGCUGUACUUCCAGGAACCAGGAGUGGCCGAGGCUGAACUGGAAAAGAAUAUGAGUCGAACUUUCAAAAGCUUUUUCCGAGCAAGUGAUGAGAUGGGUUCACUCAGUGUGCAUAAAGCUACUGAACUGGGGGGAAUCCUUGUGAACGCCCCAGAAAACCCCAGCCUCAGCAGGAUUACGACGGAGGAGGAAAUUGAGUUUUAUGUACAGCAGUUCAAGAAGUCCGGCUUCAGAGGCCCUCUGAACUGGUAUCGGAACGUAGAAAGGAACUGGAAAUGGAGCUGUAAGGGACUGGGACGGAAGAUCCUGGUCCCAGCCCUGAUGGUCACAGCUGAGAAGGACAUCGUACUCCGUCCUCAAAUGUCCAAGAACAUGGAAAACUGGAUCCCUUACCUGAAAAGGGGACACAUUGAGGACUGUGGCCACUGGACACAGAUAGAGAAACCUGCUGAGGUGAACCAGAUUCUUAUCAAGUGGCUGGAGACUGAAGUCAAGAACUCGUCAUUGACCUCCAAGAUUUAGCCAGUAGCGUGUCCUCUGUUUCCGGACAUGGCCUUAAUCCAGAAGUAGCAGCAUUGUUCUUUGGUCAGCCAGUGAUUUUCUUGGGAAAAUGAUCAGAUGUGAUGUAAUUUUAGAUCCAGGAGAAAAUGUGUGUGAUUAAUUCUCUGAGGAUGACUGCACCAUCAAAGAAAAGAUCACAGCCCGUCAGGAAGACAUGGGGCAGCCCAAUUGGUAGCUUUGCAGCCAAAUCCAUACCUGUUCUUUUUGAAGCAGCUGAUUUGGGGUCUUCAUUCAAUAAAGCUAACACUUUGGUGCUCCA